AGCUUGAACAGCGGUCCAUCAACAACCCCAGAGUGUGAACACCCCAAAAUUAAACCCUCCUCAUCUGCCAAUGCGAUCUACUCCUUAGCUGCCAGACCACUGCCUGUACCAAAACUGCCUCCUGGGGAACAGUCUGAAAGCGACGAAGACACCGAAUACAUGUCACCGUCCUCUCUGCCUGUGGUGCCUCCAGGUCCUGCUGUACAAAAACCAGAGAUCAAAACGCCUUUGGAAAUGACUCAGAGCUUACGAGUUUUAGACUGCAACCAGCAGACAGAUGGCUGUAUGUAUGAAGCAAUGUACAACAUUCACUCCCAAGCAGCACCCUCAGCUUUCGAGACUGUCAACGCUUCUGAUGAAGGGGACCUGGCAGCAGCCACUGCCAGCAACGGGCCUGAAGAGUCAGAAAAUGAAGAAGAUGGUUAUGAUAUCCCUAAACCACCACUACCGGUUGCUAUUGCUCGUCGCACACUGUCUGAUAUCUCCAAUGCCACGCCUGCCUUCAGCCGAAUGUCUUUGGAAAACGACCCUGUAACAGGUUUUUCAGAUGGCUCUCAAGUUCCAGAAAGGCCGCCAAAGCCGCUACCACGGAGAAUAAAUUCUGAGCGGAAAGCAGGGAGCUGCCAAACAGGCGGAGCCAGCAGUGGGACCAGUGCGUCGCUGCAACUCUCCAGCGAGAUCGAGAAUCUAAUGAGCCAAGGCUACUCAUAUCAGGACAUUCAGAAAGCACUGGUCAUUGCACAUAACAAUAUUGAAAUGGCCAAGAAUAUUCUCCGGGAGUUUGUUUCCAUUUCCUCCCCUGCGCACGUGGCCACAUAGCACAUUACCUCCACGCCCACGACUUCUGUGGACCAACUGCCUGGGCAGCCGUAGCCCCGCCACGCACCAAAGGGGAAGGGGGUUCCUUUAGAGACUUCGUGCUGAGGUCAGUCCUGCCUCUUAAGAGAUCAGUUAUCAGGUUUUUGUGGUUCCAGAUUUCAAAGCAGUGGAAUGAAAUGGAGCAGAGUGGUGUUUUAUACAGUGUAUGUCUUGGAGUCCUUUACCCCUACCUCUUGUUUGAGAGAACAGAUUUAUUUCCAGGGUGUUGGUAGAGAAAAGUAUCGCAACAAGGGAUCCCCAAGCUGAUGCCCUGGAGGCUGGGGGGAGUGUUUUGUGCUGUGAAUUCUAAGUGAAUGCUCUGAGAAACAAAGUCCCGAGGUCGGUGUGGUGUGUCCUGUGGUUCAUGGUACUAGGUUUGGAUCUGUUCGCUGCUGUGUGUCUGGCUCAGGCUUUUUAGAGCAGCUGGGAGGUCACUUUCUGCUGGGAAUAAAUAGGAGACCUUGGAAGAAUCUUGCGAUUGCUUCCUGUUUGCCAUGGCGUUUCCCUCUUGCCUGUAAUAAUAG